AUGUUAUGUUUCAAUGUUAUUGUUGGUCAUGAUAUAAGUGUUAGUGCAAGUAAAUUUCGUUCUGGUUCGGGUGAACCUGUUGUUUAUAUUCUCAAUCGACUUGCUGAUGAUGCACUUAAAAAAAAUGGUUUUAAUUGGCGAUUACCCGAGAAACCUGAUGAAUUACCUGAUGCUGAUGAUUCCGGUCUUAAAGAUGAUGAUAAUGAAAUAGAUGUUAAUAAAAUUGAUGAAGAAAUGUUUAAUAGAGAUACUGAUGCUGAUGAAUAUGAAGAAGAUGAAGCUGUUAUUAAUAUGGCAACAUUAACAAAAUUAGGUUUAAAAUCAAGUUCAGUUGGUGCUGCUGCAAUAUCUGAACCUGAAAUUCGUCCGGAAUUAAUUAUGAAAUCAACAACAGAUGCAACAGAAUGGAAAUUAGAAGUUGAACGUAUUUUACCACAACUUAAAGUAACAUUUAAAGCAGAAAAUAAAGAUUGGCGUGCACGACAAGAACAAAGUUUAACAUAUAAAUCACAAAUUGCAAAUUCACUUAAAGAUGCUGAACAAAUGUUAACAAGAUUUCAUACAGAUAUUGCUAAAUCACUAGAAAAAAUAACAACACGUGAACAAUAUAUUAAUUCUCAAUUAAAUGAUUAUGUUCAUGAAUUUCAUCGACAACAAGAUUUAUUAGCACAAGCUAAACAACAUUAUCGUCAUUGUUCAUCAGGUAUUACAGAAAAAUCUCAACAAUUAGCUCAAAUUACAGCUGAAUUAGCACAAAUUAAAGAAGAAAUGGAAGAAACAGGACAAAAUGUUACAGAUGGAGGUCCUUUGGUUAAAAUAAAAAAAGCUAUUGAAGAAUUAAAUCGUGAUAUAAUUCGUGUUGAUGUUCGUAUAGCUGUAUUAGAACAUACUCUUAUGCAAUCAAAAGUACGUGAAAAAGAAGAAGCCAAUGAUGAGAAAGCUGAUUAUUUACUCAAUGAACCAGACUUUGAAUAA